CUCUCAGAUGGAAUCAGUGAGUGAGGAGGUCCAUGGAGGAGCAGAUGAGGAUGAGCAGGCUGAAUCAGAGGAAGCCAUGCUGUGGUCCAUCCGGGAGGCUCUGGAGAGGCAGACCCUGCAGAUUGGAGUGUCAGCUUGCGGGGCCACGGCGGUGGUGGAUGUGCUGAAGGCCCUCGGUGUGGAUGUGGCCCCAGAAGAGGCUGAUCGCUGCGUCCAAACCCGCAUGAGGAGGAACGAGUCCCCGCUGCCUGACUACCUGCUGUCCCGGAGUGAAGCUGGUGCGACUCACACUCAGCUCAUCGCAGGAGCAGAGGAGGCCAGUAAAGGGAAGGUGAUAGGUCGCUUCUUCCACCUCCACCCUCGCCGGCGAGUCAAACUGGUCCCCUGGCUCGCACGCUGGAUCAGGAAAGGCGCUGUUCCCGUAGCGACUAUGAACAUGCAGCUGGUUGUACCCAAAGGAGAGGAGGUGCCUGACGCCUGGCACCAUCAGCUCAUAUUUGGAGUUGCACCUACUACUGUUUUCAUGACCAAUCCUUUAGAUUUAGUAAGCGAGGUAGAAGUUCACCAGCGACUUUGCAGUGAAUCUGUGCUGCUGAUUCGCCGAGAAGACGUGCUGCAGCGACUCACGCCAGACUGCUGCAUGUCCAGCCUCUCAGACCCGCGAUGGAAAGCCCUGGAUGUGGAAGGUCAAGUGAGACAGAUGGUCCUGGAAGAGGAGCAGGGUCAAGGGAAGUUAACCCACAUCACAAUCCCCGCGGCGUACAGCUCAGGCAUCACACUCUUUGCCCGACUACAGUCAGAGUUAGGACAAGAACUCCUCAACACUCCUGAACUUCCUGUGUUGUGAUUGGACUGCUGCACAAGACCUCAAAACAAGCAUGAGGACGUAAGAGAGUGUCACUCAUCUGCUGUGUAGCUGAGUCUGACCUUUGACCUUUCAUGGAAGAAAUACAAGCAAAAUGGCAAGUGAUUUAAAAAAUAUUUAAGCAUAUUUAUUUAAACCACAUGUAUAUUUACACUGUAACAUUUUAAUAGACACCCGUCAUGAUUUUGUGCGUGACAUCUUUGCUGAAUGAACUUUGUCAGUUUUUUGUACCAACACUGACAUCAGAUCAGAUUUCAAGACAUAAAUUAGGUUCCUAUAAUCAAUUCUUAGUUUAUGUUUUUAUGUCUUUUUAUCCUCACCAAAAAAACUAAAAAAAACACAAAGAAAAUGAAACUAUUUUGUAGAAGUUAUAGAUCAUGUUUGAAGAGAAACAACCACACAAAUCUGCACUGAUGUAAUGUUUUGACAUGUGCAUUUAGUUACUGUUUCAAUUACUUGAAUAAAGUAUGUUUUAAAACCUGUGCAAUCUGACACAAGACUUCCUGCCUGGAUCAUUACUGAGCACAUUUUUUCUGUGUCAACUGUAACAACUA